GGUUAGUCCGCGGGGUCCGAGGCGCUUGGCGGCUCCGCGGUGCGUCCUCUCUGGGCGCGCGCCGCCGGGGAGGUCUAGUCAUGCCCAGUCUCCGAGCUUGGCCUGAGGAGAGAGAGAUGGAUUCUUCAGCUCCAGGACCAUUCCCUCAAUCCCCUGCAGUCCAGACUUGUGUCUAUGAUGUUCCUGACGUAACACAUCUUGGAUCUACAGUCUGUGGUCCCCUCUGCUGUGGUGGAGCAGAGCCGGAAGCCAUGUGCCCUCACCAUCAGCAGCAAGAUUGUGCCACCAAUGCUGAGGACAAGGAACUUCGGGAUGAAAAUGUUUCUCACAGUUUGGAAUCAACAGCAGACAGGGCAGAAAACUGUGCUGAUAUUUCCCAGCCCUCUGACCCUAGAGAGCUUCAUGAUGAUGUGUUGGAAAGAAACUGGAGGGUCCCUGAUAUUGAGAAGCCAGUGCAACCCCCCUGUAGGGAGGGAGGCUUCACACCUGUGCCAGUACUUUGCAGGAACCCCUUACAGGAGAGAGAUCUGGACUGUAGCGGUUUUGACAAAACCAACAGUCUGAGCCCAAACCCGAUGGCAUAUCAGGGAAUCCUUCAAGAAGAGAAGCCACGUACACAUAUGUGUCCCCAGAGCUUCCAGCACAGCAUACACCUUACUGGCCACAAGGAGGCUCCCAUGGCUGACAGUCCACUCAUAUGUAACAAGUGUGGAAAAACCUUCCAAGGAAAUCCUGAACUUACUCAGCAUCUGAUAGUACACAAUGGAGUGAAAUCCUUAAUGUGUAAUGAAUGUGGGAAAUUCUUCAGCCAGAACUCAGUUCAUAAAAACCACCAGAGAUCUCACUUGCAUGAGAAAGCCUUCCAUGGGCAUUUGAACCUUGCUAAACACCCAGUAGACCACAGUGGUGAGAAGCCUUAUGUGUGUAUUGAAUGCGGAAAAGCCUUCAGUCAGAACUCAGGCCUUAAAAAGCACCAGAAGUCUCACGUGAGUGAGAAGCCCUAUGAAUGCAAUGAGUGUGGGAAGGCUUUUCAACGGAGCUCAAACCUCAUCCAGCAUCAAAGAAUACACUCUGGGGAGAAACCAUAUGUGUGUGAUGACUGUGGGAAAGCCUUCAGGCGGAGCUCAAACCUCAUUAAACACCACCGGACACAUACCGGUGAGAAGCCCUUUGAGUGCACUGAAUGUGGGAAGGCCUUCAGCCAGAGUGCACAUCUGAGGAAGCAUCAGAGGGUCCACACUGGAGAGAAGCCUUACAAGUGUAAUGACUGUGGCAAACCGUUCAGCCGGGUCUCCAACCUCAUCAAGCAUCACAGGGUUCACACUGGGGAGAAGCCCUAUAAGUGCAGUGAAUGUGGGAAAGCCUUCAGUCAGAGUUCCAGCCUUAUCCAACACCGGAGGAUUCAUACUGGAGAGAAGCCUCACGUGUGUAAUGUGUGUGGGAAAGCCUUUAGCUACAGCUCUGUGCUCAGAAAGCACCAGAUAAUCCAUACAGGAGAAAAGCCGUAUGGCUGUAGUGUCUGUGGCAAGGCCUUCAGCCACAGCUCAGCUCUCAUUCAGCAUCAGGGUGUGCACACAGGUGACAAGCCCUAUGAGUGUCAUGAAUGUGGGAAGACCUUCGGUCGCAGCUCUAACCUCAUCCUUCACCAGCGAGUCCACACUGGAGAGAAACCCUAUGAAUGUACUGAAUGUGGGAAAACUUUCAGCCAGAGCUCAACCCUUAUUCAGCAUCAGAGGAUUCACAAUGGCCUGAAACCCCACGAAUGUAACCAGUGUGGUAAAGCCUUCAACCGAAGCUCAAAUCUCAUUCACCACCAGAAAGUUCAUACAGGGGAGAAACCCUACACCUGUGUUGAAUGUGGUAAGGGCUUCAGCCAGAGUUCACACCUUAUCCAACAUCAGAUAAUACACACUGGUGAGAGGCCCUAUAAAUGCAGUGAAUGUGGAAAAGCUUUCAGUCAGCGUUCAGUCCUUAUCCAGCACCAGAGGAUUCACACUGGGGUGAAGCCUUAUGACUGCACUACUUGUGGGAAAGCUUUCAGCCAGCGGUCAAAGUUAAUUAAACACCAGUUGAUUCACACAAGGGAGUAGCCUGUUGGGCUGGUAGGAGUGAAAUUGAGCAUGGUUUCCACUUAAACUUUUCUCUGGCCAUAGUCUUGGCCUUUCCAACCUCCCAUACCUGCAGCUGGGGCUCAAUCACUGCCCCUUGACUCUGCAUCCAGCAGCCUCAAACCCUGGUUGGGAUCUCCCUUUGAACACCCUUACAGCCUCCCUUCUUACUGCCCUAAUGGCAUUGCUUCUGCUUCAUGGAACCUCUUGUUUGUUUUUGUUUUGUUUUUAUAAUUUGUGAACAGACUUCUAUGUUAGGAGGGAGGUUAUAGGGGCUACAUAUCCAUAAAUAGUUUACUGUAAUCAAAAGUUACCAGAAAAGUAAAGUGACUUCGGUUUGUGGUCAUCACAGUGAUUCUUUCAUUUGGUAGUCAGAAUGAAAGUUCUUUGUUGAUGGCUAUAAUUUAUACUUUGUUUACAUAAAAUCAAGUUGAAAGUCAUACUACCCAGAGGUAGUGUGUGCACAUCACCACUAAUUCCUUGCCCUUCUUUGUUCCCCUAUUCUAUAACUUCGAUUACAGGCUUCCCUACUGCCCUGCUUUUUUUUAUGUGAACCUGCAGCCUGAGAUCAGCUUUCUCCAGCUCUGCUGUGACUCAUACCACAAUAACCUUGACUGUUUCUCAGCAGCAGGACCUACAGAGGCAACUCUCUAUGCAUCUCACCUUCCCCACAAGCUUGUGAGUGUGGUUCUUUCCCAGGCACAUUCAUUACCAGAUAUUUUUGAAGCAGCUACUACUGGAGGGGUCCAGCCUACCUGUUCCCUGAGCCUUAGUUUCCCAGAGAUGUGCCCCUCACCUUGAGAGGGGAUAACUCAGCCCAAAGGCAAUAUGUCUCUCACUAGGGAAGCCCUAGACACCAUCCAACAGAUCUCAACAUGGGGAUGUCACAGGAGCAUUUCAGCAAACAGCCCAGAGGCCAGACCUGGGCACCACAAUAAAAAAAAAAAUUAAAUUAAAUUUUAAAAAAAAAUAAGAAAGAAAAAGAAAGAAAAGAGAAAAGAAAAGAUAAAAGAUUUUAUUGGAACACAGCCAUGCCUAUUUAUUUAUGAUGGCUUUUGCAUAAAAAGUUUACUGUCUAGGACACUACCCUGUGAUUUUAGGUAGCUUUCAGGGGCUGGAUAUGCUCAGGAGCUUAGAAUUUGUGCAAAAUUUGACCAGGGAACAUCUGUGCUGUGAAAUGAUUGCCUAUGUUCUCAGACACAAAAUCAAUCUCUCUUAAUGCCUGUUCCUAUAUAGCAGGUCAUGACGUCAGCCGCCACGUGUUAUCUUGAGCUCUUGCUGCAGUUAAGAGUUUUGAGAAGAUUAAGUAGCAUGAUGUACUUUAUGCCUUGUCCUUAGCACUCGUGUUAGGUAUUUUGAGUCACGGAAUGUGAGUAUCUCACAGAAUCAUUAGGAGAGCUGAAGAAAUAGGCUUGGGAGCCAAGCUUCUAGCACCAUGCCAUAGAAGUGCCCUGCCAAGGGAGCUGCUUUGUACUUGAGAAUCACACACCCAGGCCAAUACACAAAUAUCAGACUUCCUGUUAAACUCUGCCUUGACUUAAUCUUGUGUAGACGUAUCUAAGCAUCGGAAUCAACUCUUGCCCACUAGCAGCAGGAAGGCCUGGAAGUGUAGUUUGUGUCUUCUGUGUUGGGAAGGCUGUAGAGGUAGAUAGCUUCCAAAAUAGAGUUUCAUGAGAUUUUUAAGUCAUAAAUAACAGAUGUCUGCAAUAACCUACAUUUUUGUAAUUUUGCAAUAACCUACAUUUUUUUUUAUUUUGAAAUAAUUUCAUACAGAAAAGUACAGGUUGAAUAUCCCUAAUCCAAAAAUCUGAAAUGCUCUAGAAUUAAGCUUUUUGAGGGUCAUGGUGCCUCAAUUCCAUACCUAACCUUAUGUAACAGGUUAUAGUCAAAACACAGCAAUAUAGGUGGCUUGGAUCCCACAUGGCCAAUUUCAUGGUUCAAGUUCUGAAAUAAGUGGCUUGAGAAUCAUGAU